CGCCUUUUUAUUUUCGAUGCGAUGCGAUCAUGAAUCUCGCUUUGAUUGAUCCAUUUCAAUUGGCUCAGGAUUCUCCUGAUGCUUUGACGAAUGAUCUGCGAUCUGGCCAUGCCACCACUUUACGCUUUAAUCGCAAAGGCGAAUACCUUGCGUCUGGAAGAGUCGAUGGCAAGAUCGUUAUUUGGGACAUGGAAACCUAUGGGGUUGGGAUGAAAUUGCAUGGACACUGGAAACAAAUCCAAGGCUUGAGCUGGUCGAGAUGUGGCAGAUAUCUGUUGUCUUCGUCGCAAGAUUGCCGAGCAUGCUUGUGGGACUUGAAGACUCAGGAGCGCAUCAGAAUCGUCAAAUUUGAAGCACCGAUCUACAUGGCAGAACUGCAUCCGUACAAUCGCAAUCUCUUUGUGGCUUCUUUGUUCGAGGAUCGCCCCCACCUGGUCGACACCACCAACGCAGUGCCCAAGAAGUUCAUUCUACCCACCGCACCACUCAGCGACGGGAUCUCACGCUCGGACGACAAGCAAGCAACGACGGCAGCGAUAUUUUCGGCAUUUGGCAACCACAUCAUUACAGGAACAUCUAAAGGAUACAUCAACAUCAUCGAGACAGAAUCUCGCAAGAUCAUCCAUUCGACCAAAAUUUCUUCUGGCCUUAUAUCACUUCUUCGGCUGACUGCUAACGGCCGUCAACUUCUGGUCAACAGCACCGAUCGCAUAAUUCGAACGGUCAACAUUCCCGAUUUAUCUCUGAUCACACCGUCGACGGCACCGCCCAUUGAAGGCGGUGAUGACGACCAGACCGAUCCAGCCACCCUGGCCGAAAACAUCAAUCUCACAGUGGAACACAAAUUUCAAGAUCUGGUGAACCGACUUCGCUGGAAUCAUUGUGCUUUCAGCCAUUCAUCCGCCGCGGGUGUGGCCGAUUACGUGACAGCAUCGACAUACAUGAAAAAGGACAUAUACAUCUGGGAGUUGCGCACGAAUUCUUUGCUUCGCAUCCUGGAGAACCGUGAAGAGCCGGCAAUCAUCGAAUGGCACCCAUCUCGUCCCCUGCUGGCGUGCACCUCGAUCGAGACGGGCAGUAUCCAGAUCUGGGGCAUCGAGCCGCAGCAGAAAUGGUCGGCACUAGCACCGGACUUUACCGAGGUGACGGAGAACGUCGAGUACGUAGAACGAGAAGAUGAAUUCGACACAUAUCCACAGGAAGAACAUCAGAAACGGCGAUUGGAUCGCGAAGAUGAAAAUGUGGAUAUUCUGACCGUGGAGAAAAAGAUUGGCGAAGAAGACAGCUUUGUUCUGCCAAUGCUGUACAAUGUUGAAGACAGCGAUGACGACGACCAAGAAUUAAUCCGCAUGGGUGUGGGAACCAUGCGCAAGAAGGAUAUCAACGAAGGCAAGGAGUAUGAGAACGACGCAGACGAAGUGGUCAGAAACGCCAGGAAGCGGAAGUAGAGCUCCCGCUCCAGCGUAAGGAUUCUGCAGAAACCAUGAAGCAUGGCGAUGCUAUGGCGUCACAAUGAUGGUGUCGCAGAUGUGGCAGAACGAAAGGCACUCCAUGUUGACCAUGAUGGGAAACCUGGUUCUGGCCUGGCUUCUAUCACCAUACACCAAUGCGUAUCCCCGGAUGAAACGCAACCGUGCCCCGAUCUCGAAUCUCUCAUGAAGAUCAUGACCGUCGACGACGACGACGACGACUCCUGGGUUUCUUGCCCCGCCCGUCAUCGAACCACGGGGAAAAUGCCAGGCGCGACAUUGUCCUAAGGGAAGGUCGUACCAACCACCAAGACGCCUGAACCACCUCCUUUGGGAAGAACAAAAUUACCAGAGUCAUUCGUACUGAUCUGCUUUGGGCCUACUGAUGCAGCAUGCGUCUAGGUGUACCAAAGGAGAUCUUGGUCGAGCCUUCAGAAGGAGAUUCAACUCAAGUCAGACACUCUGUGAGUCUCCACGAAAGAUAAGACGGCCCCCUUACUGGGGAUUGGAUUAGGACAAUGAUACGAUCGGGUGCUUGCUGCAGAUCUGCCAAGCUCGAAGGGAAGGUGAUGGAUAAAGGCAUAUAUGAACGAGCCAAAGCAGGGAGCCGUAUUGCUCCUGCUUUGUACAGGAAUUGUAGUUCCUGUAUGCCCCCGCUAUUUAGCUCUCGACUACUUAGUAGAACAGACAUGCUCGAUAUUUCCGAGUGAGAGGUCAUCGGGUAGCAGCAUAUGAUACGUAUCGAUGAUCUCUGUAGCAUGAAUAUCA